CCCAAAAUCAUCACACCCACCGGCCACCGAUAACAUCCCUUAUCCUCCUCCUCUUCCUCUAAACCCUCGUCAUUCACAAUGUCUUCUUGUGCGGCAAAACCCUUAUCCAUGGCUUCCAACUUCCUAAUCUCAUCAACCCCAUCAAUCUUUGCCGGAAAAACCUCAAACCAACACAUCUCCUUACCACUCAAACCCAUCAACCUCCACCUCUCCGCUUCUUUCACCCCUUUUUCUCUCCGAAAAACCCCAACUUUAUCCCGAACCAUAACCUUUGUUGCGUCACAAGAAGACGACAGCACGUUGGUUGUUGAAGCAGGUGAAGAAGAAUCGAGUUGGGGGAGUGAGGAGAGUCAGGAGCCGGAGGCGGCGGCUGCUGGUGGGUGGGGAGAGAGUCCGGUGGAAGAGUCCGGUGAGGGAGAAGGAGAGGUGGAGGAGUAUUCGGAGCCGCCGGAGGAUGCGAAGAUAUUUGUUGGGAAUUUGCCGUAUGAUGUGGAUAGUGAGCAGUUGGCUCAGUUGUUUCAACAGGCUGGUGUUGUUGAGAUUUCUGAGGUUAUCUACAACAGAGAGACUGAUCAAAGUAGGGGUUUUGGGUUUGUGACUAUGAGUACUGUUGAAGAAGCAGAGAAGGCUGUUGAAAUGCUUCAUCGUUACGAACUAGGAGGAAGGUAUUUAACUGUAAACAAGGCUGCACCAAGGGGAUCAAGGCCAGAACGCGCUGAACGGUCACCUCAGAGCAGUGGGCCGUCAUACAGAGUGUAUGUUGGCAACCUGCCGUGGGACGUUGAUGAUGUUCGUCUUGAACAAGUUUUUAGUGAGCACGGGAAAGUCGUGAGUGCAAGAGUUGUUUACGACAGGGAAAGUGGUCGAUCACGAGGUUUUGGUUUUGUGACCAUGUCCUCUGAAAGUGAGCUCAACGACGCCAUUGAAAAUCUUGAUGGACAGAGUUUGGGUGGGAGAGCAAUCAGAGUAAACGUAGCAGAGGAGAAACCAAGGCGUUUCUGAUUCGAGUUUUGGAGUGAGAUGGUGAUCCUGCACGGUGGGUUGGGUGUAAUUGUUCGAAAAUGGUAUUUAUAUUCGUGUAAGUUUGAGAUUUUAUGUAGGAAUUCUCUUUAUUUUAUUGAGUAAUUGAGUUGAUGAUUUUGCACACGAUGCCGAUGCAAAUUUGCAUGGCGGUUUAUGGCGUAAAAUAUGUUUUUUUUU